UCUUCAUCGAUUAUCGAAGAAUUCAUUCACUACUGCACAAUCUAUUCGUCGACAUACAGAAAAUGGACGGAGAUGGAAAAGUUAAGAAGGGCGCCGGAGGAAGAAAGGCAGACGGUUCAAGGAAGAAGGCGGUUUCCCGUUCUGUGAAGGCCGGACUUCAGUUUCCGGUUGGUAGGAUUGGGCGUUUUCUGAAGUUAGGACGUUAUGCUCGUCGUGUUGGAAGCGGUGCUCCGAUUUACCUCGCCGCUGUUCUUGAAUACCUUGCUGCCGAAUUGUUGGAAUUAGCUGGAAAUGCUGCGAGGGAUAACAAGAAGACACGAAUCAUUCCAAGGCAUCUUCUUUUGGCCAUUAGAAACGAUGACGAGCUUGGGAAAUUAUUGGGUGGAGUUACGAUUGCUCAUGGCGGUGUUCUUCCAAAUAUUAAUCCUGUUUUAUUACCAAAGAAGACUGCUGCCAAGGAGCCUAAAUCCCCAUCUAAGGCUACCAAAUCUCCUAAGAAAGAUAAGAAGGCCGAGUAGAUUACUUUGUUAGAAUUGUAGUUUUUGUGUUAGAAUCAUAUAAUUAGUUUGUAUGUUGAUGUUGAUCAAGAUUUAAGUAAUGAAACCACUUGUUUUACUAUAA